UAGCUGCUGUUGACCUUCCUACAAGAAUUGCAGAAAAAAAAGAGAGAAACACUCUGCCCAAGUGAACAGUUGUUUUGCAUUAGGGAUUUGGCUGGAGAUAAAGAAUAGGAGUUAAAAUCGUUGAACUGGGAAACUUUUAUUACAACAUGAGAUGCAGAAAAAGCAUGAGCUGAGCUGGUCACAGAUGUUCCCUGUGACCAAUGGAAGAGGAUAUGGUUUCAGUUACGAUUCUCAACAUCUGCUCAAAGGCAAGAAGGGGCAUCGUUUUCGGUGCAAAAUAUUGAAGAUUUGUUCUGCUUUGAAUAAUCUCCAAUUCGGGCUAAUUGUAUUUCUGCUGCGUGUUUUAAAGCAACAGAUGACCUCUUGGUAAACGAGUGCAGCCGUCCCUCCAAUCCGCGACUGCCACAUCAUUUCCCUUCCGGGUCGAUGAGUUAAUGCACCGGAGUUCCACCCCGUUUCUGGCUGGCCGACUUCCCUUGAACCCUGGGAAAGAACUGUUGGGCCAACCUGUCCAAGAUUCCAAAAUGUUAAUAGUGAUUUGUAUGGUAAGCUUGAUUCAUUGCAUCAGUGGACAGCUGCUGGACAACAAGUUAAAAGGACAUUCCCCCCAGUACAUCUGCAGUGUACCUGGUUUGCUUGGUCCUCCGGGGCAACCAGGUCCCAAUGGAGCAUCUGGAGCACACGGGCGCAUUGGACUGCCAGGACGAGACGGGAGAGAUGGAAGGAAGGGAGAGAAAGGAGAAAAUGGAGACUCAGGUCUAAGAGGGAACUCAGGUCCCGCUGGAAGAGUUGGAGAAAAGGGGGACAGGGGACUAACAGGCAAGAAAGGACCUGAUGGAUUUGCAGGUGUCAAAGGAGUGCUAGGCCCAGAAGGUCCUCCUGGGGAGAAAGGAGACAAGGGACAACGAGGGCUGCCAGGACAACCAGGAGUCUGCAAGUGUGGCAGCCUGGUGCCGAAAUCAGCCUUUACAGUCGGUAUAACCACCAGCUACCCUGAGGAAAAAUCUCCAAUAGUAUUCAACAAAGUCCUUUUCAAUGAGGGAGAACACUACAACCCCACCACUGGGAAGUUUGCAUGUGCUUACCCGGGUAUUUACUACUUUUCCUAUGACAUCACACUGGCCAACAAACACCUGGCAAUUGGACUAGUACACAAUGGCCAAUAUCGCAUAAAGACUUUUGACGCCAAUACGGGGAACCAUGAUGUCGCUUCUGGAUCUACAGUUAUGUACUUGAAUUCAGAAGAUGAAGUCUGGCUGGAAAUCUUUUUCACUGAUCAAAACGGCCUGUUUUCUGACCCAAACUGGGCUGACAGUUUGUUCUCUGGGUUUUUACUUUAUGCAGAUACAGACUACUUUGAUGCUCUUUCAGAAGAUUAUUCAUGAAAACUACUAUCUAAUAUUGGUUGGCAACAUUAAAAUACAUGUUAUGAUCAGGUUUAAGUAUUAAGCAAUGUGCAAAACAGAACUAAUGGAGUAACUAUAUACAACAGUUUGCUGCAAGUGGGUUUAUUAUAACAAAUAAUUAGUGGCUGGUGUUAUGUAUACUGUACAUAUAUCAUACUUUCCAACAUUUUGAUAUCCAAAGUUCUCUUGGCAUCCUGUGUUUUCACACUGAGCAUAACAGCUUGAUAUUGUUACAACACAAAACCCAAGAUGAAUCCAAAUGAUCAUAGCGAUAGCAAAAUCUUCUGAACUGGACACAGUACAUCUUCUACCAUAAUCAUACUAUUUAACUCCCAAGUAUUUUAACACAAUAAGACUUUUAACAAAAGCUAGUUAGAACCUUUGAGGUGAUUUUAGACAAGAAUGGCCCCCAGAGAAAAUCCAAUAGCACCUGAAACCCAAUUGGCUGUGUUUUGUGUUUUGUUCCAAUUAAAAAAAACUGAUUUGUUAAUAGAGAAUGUCCAAAAUUAAUAAUAACAAUAAUAACAGUUUUGUCCCACAACUCACAUCUGGAAACUAACCAGUGUCUUGGAAUAACAUUGAAUUUCCAGAUACGCUGUUAUGGCUGAUGAGGGACUAACUAUUCUCAAACAUAUGCAUAAACAGCUGUUUGUGCUGAGUUUUAAGACUUAGUUGUUUGGGUUUGUAUUUAAUAAAGUUGUACAUGGUUUCUCCUUCAAAAAAAAAAAAAAAAAGUUAAAUGGCAGCUGUAUCCAGUACGAGUUAUUCAAAGGUAUUGUAUUAUGAUUAAUGUAUUGUAUUUACUUUGGAAACACCAGCAGGAUUCAAGGGUAGCAGUACAGCAGAUUCUAGCUAGACUGAACUGACCUAUAAUCCAGUCCAUGCUUUCAUAAUGAAAUGCACGCUAAUAGCAGCUGUAAGAAAUGUGUGUGUGACACAUUUAAAUAUGUUUUCGAUUUUUUUACUCAAAUAAAUAUUAGUUAUUUUUGAAUAAAAUAAAAAGAAUGAAAAAAAAACGUAAGAUGGGCAUUUUUAGUAUUGUACAGAUUACAAUCAGAACAAAUCACUAAUUAGCAAGAGUCUAUUGUAUUUAAAUCUACCACUUCAAUUAGAUUAGGGGUACACUCUGAAACCAAGUGUACUCAUUGUGUGUGAGUACCUGUUUUGGUAAUAAAAAUAAAAAAGCCUUAAAUUGAUCACAAAUAUUGAUCUUUGAUAUGCAUAAAACAUAGUUAAAUACUAUACACAUUACACAUACCUUUCCUCUUCUUGCACUGUAGAUGUGAGUAGCCUUUCAUUUUUUAGAUGACUAAAAAGUUACCUGCAAGCAGAAAUGCACUCCAUGCUGUAGGAUUACUUGCACAAUAACUGCAUUCUUACGCUUUCUGUAAAAUUUCAUAUUAAUAUUGAUUAUUUAGUUUUGAUCUUCAUUUUCCAAUGUAUGAAUCUGCUUUUCUUUUGUAUUUCAACCGAACAACUUGAAACCCCACUAAGGGCCCGAUCCAAAGCUUGGUAAAUGAUGUUGAGAUUUGGAACUAAACAGGGUUAAUACAUAUUUUGAAUAUUUAAGUAGACAUCAUGACUUUAUCGAUCAAAAUAGGUCAUUCAAUUUAAGUUGAAAUAAAAAGCAAAGCAAAUAUUUUUAAAGCAGAUAAAAUUGACAAAAUCCACUUGCUGAGUUUUGAAUAUCAAGCCUGCGAGUAUGUAUUCCAAAUUAUAAUCACAAUCAGAUCUCUCUGUUGUCCUAGGAUGUGUCACUAUGCACUACAGCUUUUGAUUUCUGUAGUGUAUGAAAUGGAACUAGUUUAAGCUGAAAAUAACAUAGCACAGACUAUUGCAGAAGAAGGAAAAGUAGAAAUAUUAAGAUGUAUUCAGUAUUCGAGAAAAAAAAAAACUAAAAUGUAAGCAGACCAUGUUUUAUGGAAUUUUUCAACUUGGGGGUUAACAUUCCAAAUUAAAAAAUAAACGACUUGGCAGGCUUCGUCGUUUAUUACAAUUCAGAAUGUUUACCGCCUAGUACACUACACUUAAAACAAAUUAUCGCUUAAAUGCAGAGACAGCUUAGGGAAAGUCAUUCUAUGAAAUACUAGAACACCUCAUAAAGGAGAAAAGGUUUCCUGGGCAUAUUAAAGCAUGUUUCAGGUUUUCUAAUAAUAAUUCACCCAUUAGUGAAAGGAGUCAAGCUAGAAUGACCCAAUACUAUUUUGAUACCUCUAAUGCGGUGUCAGUCUGAAGACAAAUCAUAAACACAAAUAUUUUCUUUAGCACUAUUUAUUGUUGUUUCUAGAGGGAAUUGCACUUAACCUAAUAUAUUGUGUCUUAAAAUGUAUAUAUGCUUAAAACUACAUUAAAAUGAGUCACUGUUUGCCAAAAUAAAUGUGUGUCCAUGUAAACUGCAUGCUGCUA